GGCCGACGUCUACACACAAAGCCCAAAGCUAGCCUACUGGGCAAAAACGCAUAUGGAGUCGGUGGCAAUGGCGGCGGAGAAUAUUGGACGUCGACCAAACGGUGAGCACGCAAAAGAUCGGUGUGGCUACUUUCAGAUGCCGUUGCACUACCCUAGAUACACAAGAGCCGAGUACGAGACCAUGCCAGAAUGGAAGCUUGACUGCUUGCUCAAAGAGUACGGCCUGCCUAUCACCGGAAAUGUUGAGAACAAGAGGAAGUUUGCCAUGGGAGCUUUUCUUUGGCCUAACUAGUGACUUUAAUUCUAUUAUGGUCUUUGAUCAUUAUGCUUCUGCUUCUCAGGUGUUUGAUUAUUGUUCUGUUUGAGAUGAAAUGAAGGGAAGUACAUGUAUGUAAAGUAACAAGUAAGAAAUGUGUACUGCUGUGUUUAAAAGCUUCAUCUGGUAUUUGCUUGUCUAUUUCAGUGUGAUCCAUUAAUGGGGGUUUUCACUUGUUGCCUCUUCA